AUUACGAUUAGACACAUACUACAUAUUUUUUAUGUCUACGGUUGUUGUACAAUAAUUUCUUAUAUAUUAUAUUAUGUUUAAAUUUAAUUUCUACACUUGUUGACUACCUUGUGUCAUUUAAAAGUUAUAAUUUAAUUGAUUAAUUUCCAAUCCUACCUGUACAGUCACACUCAUUUUUACGAAUUAUCGUUAAUUCGUUCUAUAUCAUAUUAAUUUAUAUUGUUUUUUAUUUUAAUGUUUUUAAUUAUAUAGUUGUAUAAGUUUAUUUGUAUACAAAUUCUAUUUAGGUAAUGUUUUACUUUAAUAUGAACUGAAAAAAUGGAUUGCAGACCUUGGUCAAGAGAAUCUAAAAAGAAGUGGCAAGAUUCAACUAUUGAUCGAUUAAAAGCUAGUAAAACAGUAUGGCCUAUUCCUCAAAUAGAGCAAGUUUUUUUGCCAGAUUUUAAAAUUAGAUCUCAGAUAAAUGAAUAUUCGUUUAAGAGCUUAGAAUUAAUUUGUAAUGGUGUAUUUGGCAAAGUUUACAAAGUCAAGAAAUUGAAUUCCAGUGGUGACUUAUAUGCUAUGAAAGUAUUGGAAAAAUCAUUGAUUGUAUAUGAAAAUGGAGUACAACAAGUUAAGAAUGAAGUUCAAAUUCAAUCAUUAUGUGGUCAUCACCCAUUUAUUGUGAAUUGUCCAUUUUUUUGGCAAAAUAGAAAUCAAUUGUUUAUUGUCAGUGAGUAUGUCGGAGGUGGUGAAUUAUUGAAACUAUUACAAAAAUGUGGACCGCUACCUGAAGAAUUAUGUCGUGUUUAUUUUGCUGAAUUAGUUAUUAUAAUAGAUUUUCUACAUAAUGCCGGAGUUAUUUAUAGAGAUAUAAAACCAGAAAAUAUAUUAUUAGAUGAUAAUGGUCAUCUUCAAUUAAUUGACUUUGGUCUAUCUAAAUGGCUUCCACAAGGCUGUCGUACAUCUACCAUCUGUGGAACUACUCAAUAUAUGGCUCCAGAAGUUUUAGAGUCCGAACCAUAUUAUAGUCAUGCUGUAGAUUGGUGGUCCGCUGGAGUGCUCUUAUUUCAAAUGCUAACAAAUCAGUAUCCGCCAAAGUCACACGAUGAAAUCAAUAACAUGUUGGAAAAUGUUAGCAAAGGUGCCACUGAUAUGGUACUAAAACUGAUGGAAACAAAUCAACAAAACCGGCUAAAAUCAUUUCAUCAAAUUAAAGUCCAGUCAUUUUUUCAUAAUUUCAAUUUCUCAGACAUAACGUUAAAAAAGCAUAAACCAAAUGAAUUAUUAAAAAAACUGCUUGAAGAUUCAACACAAAACAAUCAAGCGUUAUCUUAUUUCGAAGAAUUUGAUGAAUAAUUUAUGUGAUAAAUUAUAAACAGUGUAUUAACUAUUAAAAUAUAUGAUCUAUUUAAUUUAAUUAAAACUUCUUUUUAACGAAGGCCAUGUUAAGUAUAUUUUUUAUUUUGUUACA